CACGGGUAGGUACUCGGUAGAGGUACUCACAAAGUGAUAACUACAAUUCAAAGUUCAACUUAUUAUGUAUCAAAACUCAAUUCAUUUUCAACUUGUUAUGUUUUUCGUGCGUAUAUGUGCGGUCGACUAUAGUGAAAUUUUUUGAGCAAUGAGAAACCGAAUUUUCAGAUCGAUUUGUACCGAAGCAGUGGAUCAUGUUAGACCAUUCGAAUCGAUACCUCGCCCAGUGCAGUUGCCGUUUAUCGGUAACUGGCACCUGUAUAAAUUGGGUGUAUAUAAUCCGCGAAAAUACCACCAAGUUUUAAUCGACUUGUAUAAAAAAUACGGACCGGUUGUUUACGAAAAAGUCGGCUUAGAUGAACCCAUUAUUCAUGUCUUUGAACCCGAAGACGUGCAGACAGUUUAUAGAAACGAGGAUAAAGUGCCGCAGAUAUUCCCGUUGAGUAAAUUUGCGAGAGAUUACAGGCAACGAGAAGAUUUUUCUUUGGGAUUAGGAAAUACAAAUGGCGAUGAAUGGUACAGACUGAAAAAUGGCAUGCGUCAUUUGAUGUUGAAAACUAACAGCGUUCAGAGAUUUCUCAAGGAGACAGAAAAAGUAACAGAUGAUUUGGUAGAAGUUAUAAAAAGAGAUGGAGCUGAUAAUGAGGGAAGAAUCGUGGAUUUACGACAAUUAAUUGGAAGAUGGUCUCAAGAAGUUGCUGGUCAAAUUUGUUUUGAUAAACGUUUGGGUUACUUGUGUGGCAACAAUGAAGAUCUGGGUAGGAAAAUUGUCAAAGCCAACGAGAUUGUUUUUAGUUUAGGAGCUUUAUUGAAGUUUUCUUUACCAUUUUAUAAUUUCAUAAAAACUCCCAAGUAUACAAAAAUAGUGGAAAGUGAACAUAUUCUUCAUAAAACUGUGGUGCAAUAUGUGGACGAGGCAUUUUCAAAAAUUGAUCAACUCCUGGAAACUGAUUCGAUCAAAGACGAUCAGUACACAUUUUUAAUAACCUUGCUGCAAAAAGAUGAACUUAGUCGUAAAGACGUCGUCACCCUAACAAUUUCCUUAUUUGUCGAUGGUUUAUCCACAACAGUUCCAGUUUUAAUGAAUAAUUUAUACAGUUUGGCGACGAAUCCGCAAGUUCAGGAAAAAGCUUAUGAAGAAAUUUGCAAAGUUACAGGUGACAAUGAUCAAAAUUUGGAUGCUGGAGUUUUGAAUCAACUCACGUAUUUGAAAGCUAUCAUUAAAGAAACUUUCAGAAUGUAUCCAAAUGGAACCGAAGUGGCUCGAAUCAAUAAAAAACCUCUUAUUUUGUCAAAUUAUUACAUUCCUGCGGAGAGUAACCUAAGCAUGAAUUUGCUGGUUCAUUAUAAAUCUCCUAAAUAUUUUUCCGAUCCGGAAGUAUUCAAACCAGAACGAUGGCUCAAAGGCUCAGAAGACUCACAUGUUCAUCCAUAUCUAUUAAAACCUUUUGGAGUGGGUGCCAGAACUUGCGCGGGAAGAAAAUUCGCAGAACAAGAUUUGCAAGUUUCGUUAUUCAAAAUAUUGAAAAAUUUCAAGCUCGUUUAUCCGCCUAAUGCACCUGGGAUCGGUUUUGUUUUCGAUACGUUACUUUUUCCUGAUAAAGAUUUACCUAUUCGGUUUCUUCCUCGAUGAGUCAUUCAUUAAAGAGGCGCCUAUAGGUACCAUACUUUUUCAUCACAUUUCUAUUUUUAUAGGAUCACACUUUUUUUGUAAAAUAAGUACACAAAUUUCGUAAAAAGCAGCUCUAUAAGUAAGCCUACUAGUUUAUUGUAAGCGUUAGGACCGUUUAAAUUAUUUUUAAUACCUAUAUAUUGUCCGUUUAGUUACUUAAUCGAUGUUACUUAGGUACCCAUGAAUAAAAUUAGAGAAACAAGACUGACAACUGAGCUCUGAAUAUUAAUUUUAAUCUCAUAUUGUUUGGUCGAAAUUGAAACAAAAAAACUGUAGGUAGUCCUAUCAAAAAAAUUUAAAAAUUUCAAUUAAUAAAAAUUCAAUUAUCUUACGAACUUAUUUUCACAUUUCACUUUCAGAAUAGGUAAUUUUUUUUGUGACAAUCGAGAUUUUAUGAAAAAAAUAAAAAAAAAACAUUUCAAAAAACAGAAGAAAAAAAUUAAGAAAACAUUUCAAAAAGCCACUAUGCAAAAUUUUACAUAGAAACCGAAUUGUACUGGAACAAUGGUAUUAGUUUUGAGACAUUUUAAGGUUUCCGCCGGAUUCUUUUGGAACGUCUGAGUAGUUUUCAAAAAAUUGAAAUUGAGCACGUACAAAUUCUAAAGUUAAAAUCAUUUCAAUGGCUUUUGGGUCAAUUUUUCAAAAUCUUUUUGGCCCAUUCAUCAUGUAUAAGUAGGUAAUUAUUUUUUUAGAAUUAAUCCUAUGUGGUCAUUCCAUGCCAGAUCGGCGGAUUUUUGCACGAGGGGUCUUCGAUUUUUUUCAAAAUCAGAUCAUUUGUAGAGGUCAUCAAACGAUGACGAAUGACGCAAACCGGACAUUUUUUCGAUUUUUUCUGACGGAGCUGUGGCGCUCCAAAGUUCUCCAAAAUGGCCGAAAAUGGAAAAUUUCAGUUGCAAAUUGCUCCGGUUGUACGUAGUAUAGAAUUCUGAACUUUUUUUCAAAUUGUAGUACUUUGAGAGGGCAAUCGACGAGUGAUGUCAAAAUCAGUGUUGCCACUUUCAAAAACCUAAAAAAAUCGAUUUUAAAAAUUAAAAUUUCAAUAUAACCAUGACGUUCGCCAGUAAAAAUUCUGAAAAAAUUCUCAGUUUUAGUCCUUUUUAUGUAGAAUAACAUAUCAAAAAAUUGGACUGGCAUCUUCUUUCAUUUUCGAGAAAAAAAAAUUACAAGUUUUACAAUUGCUGCAAAAGUACCAUCAGAAACCUAAAAAAUGAAAAUUUUUGCAUUUUCGAAAUAUUUUACCAAUGUGUAGACGAAUAUGUGAAAAAAAUCCCCCUACCCCCAUUUUUCAACGAAUUGACAUUUUUCGUGCUACAAAUUUUUAUUUCAAGAGUGAAAUAUAUGCAUUUUUCGUCAAUUUGUCGACAGAUUGGGGGGAGGGGGAUUUUUUUCACAUUAUCGUCUACACAUUGGUAAAAUAUUUCGAAAAUGCAAAAAUUUUCAUUUUUUAGGUUUCUGAUGGUAUUUUUGCAGCAAUUGUAAAACUUGUAAUUUUUUUUUCUCGAAAAUGAAAAAAGAUGCCAGUCCAAUUUUUUGAUAUGUUAUUCUACAUAAAAAAGACUAAAACUGAGAAUUUUUUCAGAAUUUUUACUGGCGGACAUCAUGGUUAUAUUUAAAUUAUAAGUUUUAAAAUCGAUUUUUUUAGUCGUCGUCGUCGUUUCCUUAUAAGCGGUAGGCCUUAUGGCCUGUCUGCUGUGGUGUGGAACCUGUUGAGGAUGAGCCUGAGGUAUCAGUGAGUUUCCUCCUUGGUCUCCCUCUGCUUCUUUUCCCCGUUGGUGUAUAUUGGAGGACCUGUUUUGGUGAUCUUGUUUCCUCCAUCCUUUUGACAUGAUUUCUCCAAUCUUUCCUAUUCUUUUUUAUCUUUUUCAUGACUGGCAUCACUCCGAGAUCUGCUGUUAUUUUCUCAGAUGGGACUCUGUCUCUGAGAGUCACCCCUGCCGUUCUCCUCAUGAACUUCAUCUCAGCUGCCGUUAUUCUUCUUUUAUCAGAUUUCUUCAGUGCCCAAACCUCGCUUCCAUAAGUCAUCAUUGGUAUUGCUAGGGUAUUGUACACCUUCAAUCUUGUUUCUUUUCGCACCUUACUGCUUCUCAGGGUCCUAUUUAUCAGUCCUGUGACUGGCAACACUGAUUUUGACAUCACUCGUCGAUUGCCCUCUCAAAGUACUACAAUUUGAAAAAAAGUUCAAAAUUCUAUACUACGUACGUACAACCGGAGCAAUUUGCAACUGAAAUUUUCCAUUUUCGGCCAUUUUGGAGAACUUUGGAGCGCCACAGCUCCGUCAGAAAAAAUCGAAAAAAUGUCCGGUUUGCGUCAUUCGUCAUCGUUUGAUGACCUCUACAAAUGAUCUGAUUUUGAAAAAAAUCGAAGACCCCUCGUGCAAAAAUCCGCCGAUUUGGCAUGGAAUGACCUAUGAUCUUUUUUUAAAAAAAUUAUAUAGAAAAUUAGUCUGCUGUGCAUGAGCAGAAGUAAAAUCUCUUCAUUAGACGUUAUUACUUCUGACAUUAUUGCUACAUUUUACUCAAAUUUUGAUCUACCUACCAGCAUUAAACGUAAAUUCAAGCAAUUAUUGCCAAGUUUACCCCAAUUUCAUUAUAAAACGUUAUCAAUUUAAGAUAAUUUGUGUCCACGUCCAUUUUGCACUUUUUCAGUUUUUAUGAUAUUUUAUACGAUUUAUUCCAAUAAAUUAUUCCAUUUUGAUAA